AUGCUCCUACUGCUCCUCAAGGAACUCACGGGAAGACUAUCUGCAGCUGAUUCUGGCUCGCUUGAUUCCUCGAGACUUGAAGAUCUCCUCCGUCGGGUGGGGGCGCUCAAGGGCGUUGCAUAUAAUGUCUUAGCCUUGGCCUCGCAGCGGCUGCUGAAGCAGCUGCUGCUGCCUUCUGUGGCUGCCCGUGUUGAUGCACUCCGCGCCCAGCUGCAACAACUGCAGCAGCAGCAGCAACAACAGCAGCAGCAGGUUCUGCGCGAUGAGCUGCUGCAGCUGCCAGAGGAACUCGGGGGAUAUGGCCUCCUCGCCAAUCUCUUUAAGGACCCGCAGGUGGGGUCUGUGGCGCAGGAGAUGAUGCUGCGGAGACAGCUAUUAGGGCUAGACAUCCAGCUGCAGCAGCAGCAGCAGGGGUCACUCCCGUUCACAUGGAAAAGAGCGCUUGAGGAGGGCCCUGCAGCAACAGAGAAUGCAGGGAUAUUUGCUGCUGUCUCCAGCAUAGAGGAGCUGCAGCAGCAGAUGGGGCCGCUGCUGCAGCAGCUAGCACAGCAGCAGAAAGCACUCAAACAAGAAGCUAAAGGCGUGCUGAUGCUGAGUCUUCCCCUUUCCAAUGCAAAGCCAGGUGCUACAGCAUCGGAUGCAGCGGCUGUCGAGGCAGUAGCAGCAGCAGCAGCAGCUGCUGCUGCUGCUGCUGCUUCUACCUCCCCGGAGGCUGCUGCUGCACUUAAGAAGCUCCACAGCCUCCGCUUGGUGUUGCCGACGGCCAACGGAGACGCGCAGCAAGUAUCACUUGUGCUGCAACAGGAGCAGCAGCAGCAGCACCACCAGGAGCAGCUGCAGCUAAAGGAGGACCCGGUGCAGCGGUAA